AUGCCUUCGAUGAAAUCCCGCCGUGGCGGCGGUAGUGAUCGCGGGGGCAUUCGCAAGCGGGGUCCCACUCGCACCGAUCGAGAUGGAGAUAUGGAUAUGGAUGCAGGUGGCUCUCGGGGCAAAGGUUCACGUCCUGAGGCAAGCCGCUCUGGCGCUGGCGGAGGCCGUCCUGCGGUUCCACGCACCGGAGGCACUACUGCCGGUGGUCGAGGUUCUGGCAGACCUGGUCGAGGUGGCCGAGGCCCGCCGCGCGACAUGAACGUGGAUGCGAUUCAGCGUGCAAUCACCAGUACCGAAUCCCAAGCUACUAUUCGACAAAAUCGCCAAAAUGACAGGAACGCCCGCAAGCGCGAAUCGGUUCCUUUCAGUGUCCGUGGAUGGAAAAAAAGCAAGGUUGCUUCCGACAAGGACGGCGGCGUCGAAGCUGUUCUCGCAUUUAUCGAACGACGCCUCAAUUCCCUCACCAAGACUGGUCCUCGCGUAAGAGUUACAAAGUCGCGUGUGGAAGGCGACACUGUUGUGGCAUUUGUUCAUCCUGAUCUUGUCGACACAAUGCUCCGAAUCAACAACAACACCUUCGCUGGAAUCAACAUCAGCGUUGAACCGUACGACCCCAACACUUUGGCCGAGCAAGAAAUCGCUGCUGUGCAAACUGGUCCUGGAUCGACAGCCGACACCAAGGCAAAGAUGACUACUAUCCUGGGCAAGCGAUUCUACCCCGAUACCAAGCUUCUCGAUAUGUCAAAGCUGGCCAGCGAUCCCGAUCUGCAGGCUAUGGGAAUUUUCAACACCACUUCCACCGAGUCCAAGUUCUUCCCUGCUCUCAUGAAGGUGUGGGACAUGGGUUUCAAGACUGCUUCUGAGAGGCGAGCUGCAGUCGAAAGCGCCAGUCUUGCAGACAACCAGUUGAACAACAUUACUGUCGUUACAACCCUCGCGCACGCUGUUCCCGAUAUCAAGAAUCUCGAUCUUUCCAACAACAACCUCAAAGAUGCCCAAUCUCUUAUUGGCUGGCGGUGGAAAUUCCGCAGCCUCGAAUUUUUGGACAUGACUGGCAAUCCUUUCUGCACCGAUCCUGCAUUCAAGGACACUAUGCUCAAGUGGUACCCCAGGCUACAAAAGCUCAAUAAUGUCCAGGUUCGCACUCCGGAGGAAGUCGCUGCUCAAAAGAAGACGCCUAUUCCAGUCCGGUCUCCCCACUUCCUAGAUGAAUCUCAAAUCGGCGAGACAUUCGUCCGUGGAUUCUUUACCGGCUACGAUAAUGACCGCAACACCGUGAUCAACAAUGUCUACGAUGACAACUCGGUCUUCUCACUCAACAUCAACACCUCAGCUCCCAGAGCCCCCAACAGCGAAACAGCUGCCUGGGAUGAAUACAUCAAAAAGAGUCGCAACCUGCAAAAGAUCAACCACCUUAGUGCUCGCAUGUCGCGCUCCUUCAAGGGUGCUGAGAAGAUCCGCGAAGUUUGGAAUGCACUCCCUCCCACCCGCCACCCUGAUAUGGCCGCGUUCCCCGAGAAAUGGCUCAUCGAGUGCAACCCAGUUCCCGGCCUGCCCGAUCCCACUGGACAAAGCCCCACUGGAGUGGGUGGUCUCCUCCUGACGAUUCACGGCCAUCUCGAAGAGAGCGUUGGUGGAAAGGUUGAGAUGCGCAGUUUCGAUCGUACCCUCGUCAUCGGACCUGGUGCGGUACCUGGAGCUAUUCGAGUGGUCAACGACAUGUUCUGUCUCCGUGCCUACGGUGGACACGAGGCCUGGAUCCCCGAGAACACAGAUAUUCCUCAGGCUAUUGCUCCCCCUGCUUCGGGCCCUGUCUCUGCCGCUCCGAGUGCAGUUCUUGGUGGCGACCAAGCUCAACGUGAACAGUUGAUCGCACAGCUGAGCGCGAAGUCUGGCAUGACCCCUCAGUUCUCGGAAAUGGCCUUGUCGAGCAAUGACUGGAAUCCUGAGGCUGCGUGGAAGAAUUUCGAACAGCUAAAGGCACAAAACCAGUUGCCACCAGAUGCUUUCCUUGCUCCUGUGUGA